AGCGGGAAAGCGGGCGGAGCGAGAGAGCUUCCGCGAUCCCCGGUCGGAAGCCGCCCUCUUCAGGCGGCGCCCCCGCGUGACUGCGCUUUACAUAAUCGCGGCCCCGAGCGUCAUAGUGGCGUAGUCCAAUCUAGACCGAAUCAGAGCCGUCGGGAACGUCACGUUCCGCCCCCUCCCGCUUGAUCGACGUCCUGGCGAACCAGCGAACGGCCGCUUAGCACCGGAGAGCCCGCCCCCGCGCCGGCGGCCCGCCCUCGCCCGCCCGCCCUCCGCAGCCCGCGGCCGGCCGCCGCCGCCAGGUUGUGCCUGAGACUGUCAGAUAAAGCGGCGGGCCGGCGGGCGGGGCGGCGGUGAGCACGGCCCGGGCCGGACAUGGCGGCGCUCUACGCCUGCACCAAGUGCCACCAGCGCUUCCCCUUCGAGGCGCUGUCUCAGGGGCAGCAGCUGUGCAAGGAAUGCCGGAUUGCUCACCCUGUUGUGAAGUGCACCUACUGCAGGACUGAGUACCAGCAGGAGAGUAAAACCAAUACAAUAUGCAAGAAGUGUGCUCAGAACGUGCAGCUGUAUGGAACGCCUAAGCCUUGUCAGUAUUGCAACAUAAUUGCAGCAUUUAUUGGCAAUAAAUGCCAGCGCUGCACGAAUUCAGAGAAGAAGUAUGGACCUCCAUAUUCUUGUGAGCAGUGCAAGCAGCAGUGUGCAUUUGACAGGAAAGAUGAUCGAAAGAAGGUAGAUGGGAAGUUGCUGUGUUGGCUAUGCACGCUGUCAUAUAAGCGUGUCCUUCAGAAGACCAAAGAGCAGAGGAAACAUUUGAGCAGCUCUUCUCGAGCCAGCCAUCAAGAGAAGGAGCAGUACAGUCGCCUGAGUAGUGGCAGCCAUUACAACAGCCAGAAAACACUUUCUACAUCUUCAAUUCAAAAUGAAAUCCCAAAGAAAAAAUCCAAGUUUGAGUCAAUCACAACUAAUGGAGACAGCUUUUCCCCAGACCUGGCUCUGGAUUCACCUGGCACUGACCACUUUGUCAUCAUUGCCCAACUGAAGGAAGAGGUAGCCACUCUGAAGAAGAUGCUGCAUCAGAAGGAUCAAAUGAUCUUAGAGAAAGAGAAGAAGAUCACAGAGCUGAAGGCUGAUUUUCAGUAUCAGGAGUCUCAGACUCGGGCCAAAAUGAACCAAAUGGAGAAAACCCACAAGGAAGUCACAGAGCAAUUGCAGGCCAAAAACCGAGAGCUUCUGAAACAGGCAGCUGCUUUGUCCAAGAGCAAGAAGUCUGAGAAGUCAGGCACCAUAACAUCUCCGUGAACACCCCAAGAAGGCUCCCAGCAACACCAGCCGGUGCUCCUGGGUCACGGUUGGCAACCUGGCUGUUCUGGGAAUUGUGCUUUCCUACAAAAUCUCUAUUUUCUUACCGUUCCCCUUCUUUGUGCGAAUGCAGUGGGCUGAAUGGAAACACCUGGUUUGUGCCAUGCUAUGACUGCAUGCUGAGCGUGUGGGAUUUCACACCUGCUCCUCCUCCUCCUCCGCUCCCCUCUAUGUCAGUACUCGAUGUUUCCCAUAGUGGUCACUGCUCAGUGUAAUGUGCAGAGUUUCUGUCGCCGUCACACCUGUCGUCCGCUGUGCAUCACUGCCACCCUCUGAACCUUGAAAACUGCCACCUGAGACUUUGUGCAGUGAGAGAGCCUUUCUCUCGCCAAUAAACCUUUUGCUUCAGGGUAUACUCUUGGGUUUUUUCCGGGUAUAUUAUGUAUGACCUUUGUACUAUGUAUAGACAGAGUUUUAUUUAUUUUUUAAAAAGGAAACCUUUUCUUGAUAAAGGAAUGAUGAUAGGCUAGCUAGUUCUUGUAAAAGCAAUGCCUCUUUGGAAAAAAAGAAAAAAAAUGCAGUCCUGUUUGCUAGCUUUUAGUAAGAGAAUCCUAUCUUUUCUUUCUUAUUACCUUAGAUUCUCAAUGCUAAGGUAAAUGCUGGGGGCGUGUAAGUGUGGAGCUAAGUGCCUUUGGAGGACUCUGGAAGAGCAUUGAGGAGAUGCUUAAGGGUGCAGAGAAUUGACCAGUCUGUCUUUAAGUCAGGGCAGAAAGAACGGUUGUCCAGGUUGUACUGGACACUUUCCCCCUCUAUCUACCCCUCCUUCUUUUACACAAUUUUAAAUUCCCACACUGCCACUUCUUUUUUAAAAACAUACCUGUUUCUUGCUUGCGUCAGCUGUCAUAUCAGGCUGUUAAUAGAACUUUUUUUUUUUAACAUUAGCAGAUUCAAGUGGGAUAAGAUUUGAACUGCUUGUGUGUCUCCAGGGCUUGGCGUGGGCCUCCCUGAGUGUUCCCUUCACAUCUUGACCCAGUAGGCCGGUGGGAAGGGACAGGUUCAUGUGGAGCCUCACUCCUCGAUUUUUGUGAAAGAAACUAGAGAUGGACAGUAGGUGCCAUGACACAGAACAAACCCUGAAUCAGUGCAAGGGUGUCAGAGCCGAUCAUGAAGACAGGUGACAUCUGUACCACAUCCGCCAGCGAUAGACAGGUGGGGUCACUGUUCUCAGCAGGCGCUCCGCACUUUGUGGUUGCAUUGUCAGAAGAGACUCACGCACACAGAUGGACAGAUACAGACGUGAGGCUCUUUCCGACAGGAGACUGGAAGGGCCAUGGAUUUAUUUGUCGCCGUGGUAGGGAAUGCAGUUUUGCCUUCUAAGCAGGGAAAAUUGCUGUGCUGAAUCAUUUUGUAACUUUUUGACUGAGAAACUUUGAGGUAAAGAUAACUGUCAGUCAUACACUACUUUUCAGAUGUGUUUGCAUUGGCUGUGGGGAAAAGAUGGUAGAAAAAGAAUGACAGCCAUGGUUUCUUAAAGCGUAAGACUGAGAAAUUGUGGAUGUGAAAUAUGACAGUAUACAGAUGCUCAUUCAGUUUUAUACUAAAUCUUUUUUUAAGGUCUUAGCAUUUAAUACUCAGCAAACCUACACAUUUUCUAAACGAACAUGAGCUCCUGAAUGGUAAAGAGUAUAAACCUCAGUCUUGAAAUGUUGAUUUUUUUUUAAAUCAUGACAGCAUUUUACCAUGAAAUUGAGUAACUUUUGGUAACACCUUCCAUUUCUUUGUAUGUUUGUAAUAAUGGACAUUUUAAAACAUAGGAGUGUUUUGGUUUGUACAGACUUUGACAAAUGUGUGUUAAUAAAAUUCAUAUUGACUCAGAUGAA